AUGAAUACACAUAAUAUUUUAAUAAAUAAUCAAAGUCCAAUUGGUUGGGUUGAUAAUGAAAUACCACCACAUCAUAUUAUUGGAUCCAACAAAAGUAUUAAUGAAAAUACAAAUGGAAUUAGUAAUGAUAAUAUAGAAAUUGAUAAUCAAUCACAUUCAAUUUUAGCAGUUUUUUAUCAAGAUUUAAAAAUUGGUGUAGCUUAUUAUGAUAGAUUAGAAUCUAAUAUCUAUUUAUGCCAAUGCUGGGAAGAUGAGAAUUUUUCUUGUUUAAAUUCAAUUAAACAACUAAUAAAUCCAAAAGUAAUAAUAAUACCUUCAAGAAUGCCACAAAAAUUUAUUGAUAAUAUUUUAAGAAAUUUAGAUGACUCUAAUGAAAAUAAUGAAAAACAAACAUCAAAAAAUACUCAAUACCAUUAUUCAAGAUUUAGUGAUUUUACAUUUGAAUCAUCAAAGAAUAGAUUGUUAAAUCUUAAAUUAUCAAUGUGCAAUACCAACAAUACAACAAUUAAAUAUACAUUUUUACAAAAUGUUUUCAAUUUUGAUAAUAUUGAAAUGAUAAGAGCAGUUGGUGGAUUAUUAUCAUAUUUAUCAAAAUAUAUUUUAUUGGAUGAUUUCGAUUCUUUGGAUAAUUUAAUUAUUAAUGAAAUUUGUCCAAUUACUUUAAAUCAAUAUUUAUUAUUAGAUAAUAAUACUUUAUUUUCAUUACAAAUAUUUUCAAACCAAAACCAUCCAAGUUGUUAUUCAUUCGGUAAUUCAAAAGAAGGAUUAUCUUUAUUUGGUUUGUUCGAUAAAACAAAAACAACAAUGGGUAAAAAGUUAUUAAAAACUUGGUUUAUGAGACCAUCAAGAAAUAGAUUUGUUAUUGAAGAAAGACAAAAUUUAAUUCAAUUUUUUUCUUCACAAGAAAACUCAUCAUUAAAAUUUGAAUUAUUAGAUAAUUUAAAAAAUAUUAAAGAUUUAAAAAUAAUUUUAAGUAGAAUUUCGUCAUCACAAAAUCCAUCUAAAGAUUUCAUUUCAAUCUAUAAAACUUUUCAUUAUUUUUUAAAGAUUAAAUUAUUAAUUGUUCCAAAGAAUUCUGAACUACCAUUUUUAAAGAAAUUAAAUAAUUUAUAUCCACAGUCAUUGGUUAAUAUAUAUCAAAAAUUUGAAAGUAUAUUUUUUUUUGCAGAUCAAGAUGACCAAAGAAUAUCAAUUAGAGAAGGGGUUGAUGAAGAAUUGGAUCAAUUGAGAAAUGUUUAUUUAUCAAUGGAUGAAAUUCUAACUGAACAUGGUGAAUUAGAAAGAGUUAAAUUUACAAAUCUAACUUGGAUUACAUCAUUUCAUUUAGUUUAUUAUCCACAAUUGGGUUGUUUAAUUUGUAUACCAAUUGAAGAGAGUAUUGCAAUUGGUAAUCAAAUUAAUAUACCAUCUUUAAGUUUUAUAUUUAAAACAAGUAGUUACCUUUAUUUUCAAAAUCAAAAAACUAAAGAAUUGGAUGAUUUCUUUGGUGAUAUUCAUAAUGAUAUAUUAGAUAUUCAAUCAAGGAUUGAAAAAGAGGUAGUUGACGAAAUAAUGUCUAAUAGUGGUUCAAUCAUUGAUUUAUGUAAUUAUUGUACUCAAUUGGAUUGUAUAUUAUCAUUGGCAAGUUGUGUUCAAGCAUAUGAUCUUGUUAAACCAAUCAUUUCAACGGAACAACAAGAAAUUGAAAUUCAAAGUGGUCGUCAUUUAAUUCAAGAAUACUGUGUCACCAAUUUCAUACCAAAUGACACUCAAAACGACCCAACAAAGCCAGUAGUUAUCGUUUCUGGUCCAAAUCAAUCUGGUAAAAGUAUUUAUAUUAAACAAGUUGCUCUAAUUGUUUUCCUUGGUCAAAUUGGAAGUUAUGUACCUGCUAAAAGUGCUACUAUAUCAUUAUUUGAUCAUAUCUAUACUAGAAUAUCAUCAAGAGAGAGUAAUGCCAUCUCUGAAUCCUCAUUUAUGAUCGAUUGUAAACAAAUUGCUCAAAUGACUCGUUUUGCAACUAGUCGUUCACUUUUAAUCAUUGACGAGUAUGGAAAAGGUACAAAUCCAUUGGAUGGUAUCUCUCUACUAUAUGGUCUAUUGGUAUUCCUUUUAACUAAAUCGCCAUCAACUCCAAAAACUUUUAUUUGUACUCACUUUUAUGAAUUCUUUGAACUAAUUUCAAAUUCAACCGAUAGUAUAUUUAAUAAAGUUUUAUUUAAUACAAUGGAAUUUGUGAUUGAAACUAAUAAUAAUCAAAAUAAUAAUAAUAAAUUUUUAGAUUUACAAUCAACCAACACAACUACCAAUACUAAAACCAAUAAUAAUAAUAUUUUCAAUACUACAAAUAAAAUAACAAAUACAAAUAAUAAACCAAAUGAAUUUAUACCAUUUUAUAAAUUAAAAGAAGGUAUUUCAAGUUCAUCGUUUGGUAUAUUAUGUGCAAAGAUUGCUGGUGUAAAUGAAAAUGUAGUAAAUAGAGCUUAUGAAAUUAUGGAUCAUCAAAAACAAUACAAAACUAUUAAUUGUCAAAAUUUUGAACCAAUAUCACCAAAUCAAUCUAAAAUUAAAAAAUAUAAUGAGCUUUUGGAUUAUUUUGAAAAUUUUGAUCCAAAUAAAGAUUCAUUUGAAAAUUUAUUUAGUAUUAUAAAUAAAUAUGAUUAA